CACAUUCAUACUUAAAAAAUACAUUCACCAUUGUUGCAAAAUGAUUUAAAUAGAUGGAUUUAAAAGGGUGUCUAAUCACGAGUAGGACUUCUUGCUCGUAUAAACGUCUUAGUGGAAAUCUAAGAUGGCGGCGGUGACGACAAUGCGGCGCUGCGUCAGGAUCCUGAGACAUCUGCCCCAGUUGUCGUCCCGCCGCUGCAGACCGUGUCCCAGGCUCUGGACAGCAGGACCUGAUCAUGUCCUCCAUCACACUUCAGAUUUCAGCUCAUACCAAUGCAGAGGAUUCAGACAAAGCAGUGCGGCUUCUGGACAAGUUCUGCAGUUCAAGUUGUCAGACAUCGGCGAGGGUAUCAUGGAGGUGACGGUCAAAGAAUGGUAUGUGAAGGAGGGCGAUAAGGUUUCCCAGUUCGACAGCAUCUGCGAGGUGCAAAGUGACAAAGCCUCCGUCACUAUAACAAGCCGAUACGACGGAAUCAUACGGAAGCUUCACUACGACGUGGACACGAUCGCCUUCGUCGGCUCGCCUCUCGUAGACAUCGAGACAGACGGGCCACAAGAUGGCGGUCAUGUGGAGGAUGUUGUUGAGACACCUGCGGUAUCUCAUGAACACACACACCAAGAGAUUAAAGGACAUAAAACUCUGGCUACCCCCGCAAUCCGACGUCUUGCCAUGGAGAACAACAUUAAGCUGAGCGAGGUGGUGGGGACAGGAAAGGACAGCCGUAUCCUAAAGGAGGACAUCCUUAACUUCUUGGCCAAGCAGACAGGCGCUAUCCUUCCUUACGACGAUGUGAAGGUGCCAUCGGCGCCAGCUGCUCCCACCAAGGCCGAGAAACCAGCCCCAAGUCCUACACCCGCCGUCUUUACUGGGAAAGACAGGACGGAGCCAAUCAAUGGCUUCCAGAAGGCCAUGGUGAAGAUAAUGACUGUCGCCUUGAAGAUCCCUCACUUCGGUUACUGUGAUGAGGUGGACCUCACCGAGCUGGUGCGAUUACGCUCAGAAAUGAAAGGUCUGGCUGAAUCUCGGGGAGUCAAACUUAGCUACAUGCCCUUCUUCAUUAAGGCUGCUUCUCUCAGCCUGCUGCAGUUCCCCAUCCUCAACGCCUCAGUCGAUGAAGGCUGUCAGAACAUCACGUACAAGGCGUCCCAUAACAUCGGGCUGGCCAUGGACACUCCGCAGGGUCUGCUGGUGCCCAACGUGAAAGGCGUGCAGGCUCUGAGCGUGUUUGAAAUCGCAGCUGAGCUGAACCGACUGCAGACGCUAGGCUCAGGCGGGCAGCUGGGCACGGCCGACCUGACGGGGGGCACGUUCACUCUCUCCAACAUUGGCUCAAUCGGAGGGACCUACGCCAAGCCGGUGAUCCUGCCUCCGGAGGUGGCCAUAGGAGCUUUGGGAAAGAUCCAGAUCCUGCCGAGGUUCAACGCCGGCGGUGAGCUGGUCAAAGCCCACGUGAUGAGCGUGAGCUGGUCGGCCGAUCACCGCGUCAUCGACGGGGCCAGCAUGUCCCGCUUCUCCAACCUGUGGCGCUCGUACCUGGAACGACCCACCUCCAUGCUGCUAGACCUCAAAUGAGAGACAUUCACUCUGUAGAAUCCAUACAAACUAGCGAUUCAUCACUACACUGUGCCUUCUCGCAGAUAUUCACAAAACCUUGAUCGUUAACUUUUCUUUUGACUGAACUCAGCUGUGUGUGCACAUUUCAAUAAAAUCACAGUUGUCGUGUCUCAUAGAUAAA